GAAUGGCAUACUACUCUUCUUUUCAGUUGCUAGGUUUCUUCUGCUUGAUGAUCAGCUUUCUUCAGCUCAUUCUACUCCAAGCCUUGGCUUGGGGACCUGAUGUUCCUACACAAGGCUUUGUUUCCCUCCCUUUUAACCGAUCAUUCUACCAUAUUCAGAAGCCUUAUGAUGUCCCCGAAGACCAGCGCUACAGCUUCGUCAAUGGAAUUCAUAAAUGUUGGGUCUACUCCACAGACAAACCUCACACUACUACCAGCCAAACCAUGCCUCGUACUGAGAUUGCCAUACAAGGAUACAAUUACUCUUCCGGGGUGUGGGAAUUUGAAGCAUAUGGGUAUGUACCAUAUGGGACAUCAAGUGUGUGCAUAAUGCAAGUGUUUGGAGCAAGUGCUCCUCAUGCCACAACUCUAAUGCUUAGGGUUUACAAUGGUUCACUCAUGUACUACACUGGUCCAGUGUUGGUACCAAACAUCUAUGACAAAUGGUUCAAGUUGAAUGUGAUUCACGAUGUUGAAGCUGCAAAAGUGAAGGUUUACAUUGAUGGAUGUCUCAAAUUAGAGGCAGAUGGUCGUGGAGGCACAUCUCAUGCAUUCAAAUGUGGUGUAUACGCCCAGCAUAAUGACUCCUUUUACAUGGAGUCUCGUUGGAAACACAUCCAAGUUUUAAGAAAGUGAAGACCUUGAACCAUCAAGUAGCACAGCAAUGUAAAAUAUGGUAUGGAUAUGCAUAUAACUUCUUUGCUUCGACCCAAAAAAAA